AUGUUCAGCCUUUUCCCAACAACAAACAAUAACAAUAAUAAUUCUGAGGAAAAAGAUUUUUGUAGUAAAAGACGAAUUGUAGCUGUUAGAAAACUUUCUAUGGGACAUCAAAGACAAUCCGGAGAUGAAAGAAAAUUUGCUAGUAGUUUAAGUCCGGAUAAAGCUAGGGCUGGACAUCGAAGACUUUCAAUUCCUGAACGCUCUUUACUUAAUGCUAAUUAUGCAAUUCUUCGUAAAAGUAUUGACCGUUUUGAAGUUGUUGGGUCUUUUCAUAGUUGCCAUUCUGAAGCAUAUCGAAAUUUUCUUCAGUCACUAAGUUGUUAUGAUUUAUCCUCUGUCCAUACAAUGAUUGUAAUGAUGGAUUCUGAACUUCAAGUAAAUCCUUGCUUGCUCUUUAGUUACCCUUCCCCUUUUAAGAUUCAAAAAGCUGUUCAAUUACUCAGUUCACAUAUGGCCCCCCGUUUUGCAGUAAUUGCAAAUGCUAGAGUUGACGGUCAAUGGGCCCCAUUUACAGUGACAGACUGUCUGUUGGCUUUAAGCCAAGCACAUCGUAAAUUAGAUGGCCAAUUGGGUGAGCAAACUCUUCGCUUUUUUAUUGAACAAAUUCAAAAUGGUAGACGUUUAAUUUCCGUUGAUGACCAGACUUGUGCUUGGGACUUGGCACGCGUUUUUGCAUUAAAUCGUGUCCAUCGAGUUCCUGUAUUUAAUGUUGAAUCAUUUGAAUUAGUUGGAGUACUUAGUCCUCGCCAAAUAACCCAAGAAUUGUUAAAACUAGUUUCUUCUGGUUGUUCAUUAUCUCCAGAUUUAAAAUCAAUAACUCUUGGCUCUCGUCUUAUUGGAAUUUGGGGAGGGCCAGAAAGUAUAGCAACAAUUAAAGAAGGCCAAAGUUGUGCUCAAGCAAUUGAUUUAUUUUUAGAAAAGCAAGUUUCUUCACUUCCUGUACUUUCUUCAAAUGAUGGAACCCUUUUGGGUGUUUUAGACAAAAAUGGACUUUUGGAUAGGCUAUUUGAACAUUUAGGCUCCCAUCAAACACCUGAACGUUGUUUUAGACUUAUGGAGGAAACUCCUGUUGAGGAUUUACUUUCCCAAACAAGACGUAGAACUGUUUCUCCUAAUUGUUCUGUUGUUGAUGCUAUGCGCAUUUUAACGGAAGAUAAUCUCAUUAGUUCUUUAUUUAUUACCGAGCCAACCUCAUCAUCUCCUUCCUCACCAAAGUCAACAAAUAAUGAAAAAGGAGAACGUUUAUGUGGUGUUAUUUCACAUACAGACAUUCUUAGUUUUGUUAUUAAUAAUGACUCACAAUAA